UCGCGCUCUUGAGUCACAACCGAACUGGCGCGCUAUUGAAACAGCCGCAGUAUGUGAAGAAAUACGAACCUUUGGUUCGGUUUCGGAGCAGUUCGGAAAAUAUCCGUGUAACCUUUUAGCACUUUGCCUUCUUAUAUACUUGUCUGACACGCCGGUAAAUGUUUGGAGCACUUCUGGGAUCUGUGGGAAGCUUUUAGACUAGCAUCUAGCGAAGACAGCUAGCUUGUUGUUUUACAGUAACAUAUUUCUUUUGGCACCAAACAGACUCACGCGAUGAUUUUAUGUUUAGUUGUUUGUUCAGUCAGUCGUAGACGUGAAUGACAAACCUUUGCAGCAAGUUCCGGUUCGGCUUCAUCGGUCUCGUCAGAAAAUGGCUGGUGUUGUGGCUAUGCCUUCUGUCAUUGAGGACUUUGACAGCCAGCCUUGCAAGAAAUCUCGCAAAGAUGGUGGCAGUCCUGUUGUCAAAACAAUCACCAACUAUUUCUCUCCUGUGCCUAAGCCUAUGGAGAAACCCUUCUCUCCUCCACGUUCCAACAACAUCAUGAACUACUUUAGCAAGAGGGCUCCAUCCUGUAAAGUGAAAACCAGCUCACCAGAGCAAACUAAAGAAGCAGGGAGGCCUCAUUUUGCAGAAAAACACAACAAUUCGGAGACGGUGAAACAGCUGUCUCAGAAACGGGGUCGAAAAACCAGCAAAGCUGCAAGGAAACUUGUGGGGGCUGAAGGUGUCAGUUCCACCGAGGAGUCAAGUUGCGUGACUGUACAAGAAUCCCAUGAAAGCAAAGACCAGGCUGUAGAUGCAGUUAAAAGUUUUGGAGUCCUUGGCAGCGAUACAGCAGCUCUACUGGCCCAGGUUAGUGCUGAGAGCUGCAUUCCUGCAGAAACAUCAGAGAAGAAUGCCACUAAGAUUAUCACGGAUGAGCAGGCUGAGAAAGAUGAUGAUCAGGAAGAUGGUUCUAAAUGUGUUGAACUUAAAACAGCACUAAACACUAUUGAGUUGUCUCCGAUUGUACCAUCAAAGUAUGAAGCAAAACAGGUUAAAACCACACCACAAAAUACCAGGAAGAGGCAGCAACAAGAGGCAAAGCAGUCAGAGGCAGAGGAGAAAGAAGCAGAAACUGAGAACUCGCUCCGUGAUGUAAGCACGGAGGUCAAUGUUGAUGAGUCUUCUCAGUUGAACAGCAGCACAGUAAGAAUCUCCUUUGAGGAUUUUGUGCGGAGUCAGAAUCAGGAUGAGGCUGAAGAGGACAGAGAAGAUGAAGAAGUAAAAGAUGAUGACCAUAAAAUUAAAAUUGAGACAAAGGAAACAAACUUGGGUGAGCUGGAUAUUUCCAAAUCUGAAGAAAACACGGUUCCUAAGGAGUCGCCAUCAUUUCAGGUUUCACCCCGAACUGUCACCAUCCAGGCUCAAGUGCACGUCUCACCAAAACAAGAACCAAGCAAAGCAGUGGGAAAGUUGGCUUCCAUCUUCAACCGGAGAAAAGGCGGGCGUAGUCCUGCAGAGAGAUUCUCACCUUCUCUCGCAGAAGCUGGACACCAGCUUCCUUCUCUGACUACCAAACGGAAAUCCAACGUGGUUCUCCAGGAGGAGGAUCUAGAGCUGGCAGUGCUCGAGAGCGAAUCCACUCCUAAGUACAGUGAAGUCGAGAGGAAGCAGUUCAUGGCCGCUUUUAAGCAGCCCACUGCAGACUGCUCCAAAUCCAAGCCUGUCAAGAGCCAAAGCAAGCAGAAGCAACCAGAAGAGCAAAGUUUGGAUGCUGCUGAUAAAGCUGCUGAAGCUGAAACUGAAAAUCUGCUGACUGUUGAGCAAACAUCUCAACCCUCUCAAGGAAAGAAAGCCACUAAGAAGAAACCAGCAAAAAAGGGGGGAAAGAAAGCUAAAGAGGGAGAGGAGACUGUGAGUGCGUCUCCUGAUGCUGCUGCUGAGGAAGAAACGCCAAACAUGACUGUUGAGGUCGAGGAGAAAAGGCCAGAGUCUCCCAUCACCAUAUCUCCGUCCAUGCCAGCUCUGAGAAGAUCCAGACGGGAGGCCGUAGUGCAGAAAACAUCUGAAACCACCCCAACAAGUCCUCUCAGAAAAACCAGGAGACAAACUCAAACAAAGUCAAAGGACACUGAUGUUACUGCUUUACUUCAUCCUGAGGACAGCCCCAUAAAGAUGUCCACCCCAAAGACCCGCAAGUCCAAAUAUGGCAUCUUUCAAUCGGACCUGACGUGCCCGCCUGACGAUAAAGAGAGUCCAAUCAGGAUGAAAUUUACGCGAUCCAGUAAAAAUGUUUCCACAUCUAAGGCUGAAGGCAUAAAUGCGUCUUUGCCUACUAAAACAUCGAGUGAAUCUAAGAAGAGAGAACAGGCCAAGAGGUUGGUGCAAAAAGCCAAAGUGAUUCAGCAGAAUAAAAAAACUUUGGAGGAGAAGAGCUCUCUGAGGCGCUCAUCGCGAACUUCCAUCAAGAGGAGCUACUGUGAAGAUGAGGAUUCUGUCAUCUGCGUUGAUGACCAGACUGCCUCUCCUCUCAAAGAACCUGAAAAGAUGAAAACCCAGAAGCCUUUACGCAGUCUGAAUGAUGUUUUGGGCAAAGCCGCCCCACCUGGCAAAGCCUCUUCGGGCUCCAGAGUGGGCUCACACAGCCAAGACAAGACUGCUCGCAAGGUGUCAGCCGUGAUCUCCAUCUUUGAUGACAGCAGCCGCGAGGGCUCGGAGAACUCGCAGGAUGAUGAGCAUUUCAGGGCGCGCAGAGAGUUCCUGAAGAGCGGUUUGCCCGAGUCCUUUAAAAAACAGAUGGCCAAGACUGCUGCCACGAAGGAGGCAUACUCUGCCUCCUGUUCCUCCUUUCAGCUAGUGACACACACCAGGCAACCACCAAACGAUUGCUCUCUCUGGAGUCUGCCAUGGCCCGAGUCCUCAUUACUGUGUCAGCUAAAAGAGCUUUGGAGGCAAACAUCCAAACCUCUGCCAGCAGUCAGCGGCUCGCUUUGUGUGAAGACUGCACCAGCCUGUCGGAGCUUUUGUAAAAGGGGUUCAGGCUGGAGACCUGAGAUCUCUGAAAGUGUUCGUCAGCUUCUAGUUGAGGAGUUCAGCACCAGCAACCCUCAGUUCCCUGCACAGAUGUUCAUCGCUCACUUCCUGAAGAAACGCGCUGACCAUCAGAAGCAGUUUACACACUCAGAAGAAGAGGCUGUGACCAGAGAUGCAGCUGAACCAGCGGGAGGGAAGAGGAAAAGAACGAGUGAAGGAGAAAAUACGGCAAAGGUGGCUAAAAAGCGGCGAUCCAACCAUUCAGAGGAGAACGUCUCCACAGCAGAGCCAACGAAGCGUGGAGGCCGUACAAGACGAUCUCAGAGAUCCAGGCGAGGAGAGGAGGAAGAGGCGACAGAGAAAACCAAGCCUCCACUCCAUCCUGCUCCCAUCCCACCUGACGAUGACAGCGUGUGCAUAGUAGAGGACUUGCUUUCAGGAGAGGACACUGGGAAUAAAGAUGUGGUGAAGGAGGACGUGCUCUGGACUGACAAAUAUCUACCACAACACUCCAGUGACAUCAUAGGCAACACCGCCUCAGUGAGGAGGCUGCACAGCUGGCUGAAGGAAUGGAAACUCCGUGCUGACAGAGAAGAAAGAAAAAAGCAGAAGGAGAAGAAAAAAGAGGACGGCAGCUAUGACUCAGACUGGGACGGUGGAGAGGACGACUCCCAGGAUGGAGAGGACAUGUUGUGUAACACAGUGCUGAUCACAGGUCCCACUGGAGUAGGAAAGACUGCUGCAGUGUAUGCUUGUGCCCAGGAGCUGGGCUUCAAGGUGUUUGAGGUGAAUGCUUCAUCGCAGCGAAGUGGUCGUCUUAUUCUGUCCCAGCUGAAAGAAGCCACUCAGUCACAUCAGGUGGAUAGUCAGGGGGUCAAUGCCCACAAACCCACAUACUUCAACAGCUAUGGCACAAGCAGCAGCACCGGCUCUCUCAGACCUGGAUCUUCUCCAAGAAAGCUGAACUCCCCUCGCAGGGUGGUUUCCUCCCCCAGGAAACCGCAGUCGCCCAGAGGUGUUAAAAAAGGAAGCCUGACUCCAGUUUCUUUAGCUAAAUUCUUUAAAACAGCGGCGUCCAGCACCAAGGAGCCACAAAACACUACAAAAGCUGCUUCCAAGAAAGUUGGGAAAGCAAAUGAGGCUGUCCUUCCUGUGAAAUCACCACCAGCUCCCAAAGAGAAGGGCAGCGAAGAACAGAGCAAGAAGACGGCAACGUCGCUCAUCCUGUUUGAAGAAGUGGAUGUUAUAUUUGACGAGGACUCUGGAUUUCUAGCUGCCAUCAAGACGUUCAUGACGACGACUAAGAGGCCAGUCGUCCUCACGACCAGCGAUCCGGCUUUCAGCAGCAUGUUUGAUGGAACCUUUGAGGAGAUACAUUUCAAGGCCCCAUCUCUGUUGAACGUGAGCAGUUACCUGCAGCUGCUGUGUUUGGCUGAGGACAUGAGGACGGACCCCGCGGACAUCCGGUCUCUGCUCAGACUCAACGGCUGCGACAUCAGGCAGAGUUUGCUGCAGCUGCAGUUCUGGACUCGCAGUGCAGGCGGCCGCCACGGGGCAAGGCCUUUAGUGCCGACGGGCAAAAAUGAAACUGAAGUAAAGCCAGAAGCUGAAGAGGCAGCAGACAAAUCCACCCUGCCUCCCUGUGACACUGGCUGCACUGAGAGCAAGCUGGGCCUGCUCAAUAAUGGACAAGAGAGAGACGUUUUGGAGCUGCUCAAGAGCCACAGUCUGGUGGAGGAGCCCAGUUGUUGUGAGCUGCUGACGGACUGCAAACGACGUGGAGUCGACUUGCUCUACUCGAACAUGGAGCUCCUUUUACCUCUGCCGCUCACACAUCUGACUACCUCUACCCGCAGCCCAGAGCAGUGCGCUUCUGUAUCGCAAGACCAGCCUUCUGCCAGUCCGAAAGAGCAACCGUCAUCCACGCUGCUAUCGACAGAGUCAGCUGAUUGCUCAGACAGCAACAGUCCAGUCAAAAUGUCUAACAGGAUGAGGAAGAACAAGAGGAGACACCAUCUACCUGACCAAGCUGGAGCUAACUCUGACUCAGACUCAGAAGAUAGAUUUCUUUCUCUCUGUAAGCCUCAGAACGCUCCUCAGGCCAAAGAGAAAUUCAAAGCUUCAGAAAGGGCUAAAAGGAAGCCGCUGACUCCUGAGGAGCGCUUAAAAAGCCUCCCAGUGUCACAGUGUCUGGAAUCAAUAGCAGACUUUUUAGACAGCAUGUCCUACAUGGACUCGUUGCUCGACAGGGCUGACAGUCACAGAGGUCUGUCAUCUGUAAGUGUGGUCAUAAAAGAUGGGAUGACAGACGAGUCAAGUGUGGAGGCUGAAAGAGGGAGCUCGAUGACAGCAACUGGCCUGGAGAUCCAGGCGGCGGUCGAGGCUCUGAGCUUCCGCAAGUUCCGGGUAUCAGCAGAGGAGGCUUUGGAGAGAACACGACAGCUGGAAGGGGAGCUGGCCAAAGAGGCUGCAGCAGAGCUCAGCCUCCCCGUGGCUGCUCAUCGGGAAUGUUUCAGCUUCACACAGGACGGGCCCUCAGAGCCACAGUUGGUCGAGCGGAGGAGAGAAGUGAUGGAGAGUCUGAUGCUGAAAGGAGUGUUUGGUACACUUGGCAACAGUCCACCAGCUGCUCUGGACUAUUUACCAAUCAUGCGCUGCAUCUGCAGAUCCGAGAAGCUUAAGGAGCAAGGCAAAGUUAAGCGAAGGUUUCUGCACUACCUCGACGCGAUCCACUUGGGUCUCGAAAAAAGGACUCUACAGCUGCUCGCUGAAGAUUUCCCCUAAAACAACAAAGACGACCAGACUGGACUCCACAGUCACACACAGGCCCUCAAUAAGUACUCUCUGGCUCUCAGAAGGACUGGUGUACAGAUCUAAAUAAGUGUGUGUCAUCCUCUGAGAUGGUGACAGAGCACACGGUCAGAGGCGUGUGAGCACAGAGGACCGCUUCCACAUUGGUACCAACAUAGAGGCGACUGAAUAGUAAAGAUUUAAUCUGAGCUAAAGGACGGACAACUAACUAACCUCACUUGUGUCAUCUUUUGGUGCUCUAAAAACUAAAAUUUUACAAUUUUGUCAUCUUUAUAUUUUUGUACAGUAGUGCUCUAUAGGGAUGCGUAUCGGUGGUUUUUAUUUUGCAAAGUGCUGUUUUUAUGAAGUAAAAAAAUGUUUCUUCUUCUUCUUACUAAGCCCCUGGGGUCCCUCGUGUGUGGGUGUGUGCAAAAUAUAAUUUGUAAGUUACUGAAUUGAAGUGCACAUGCAUGUCUGGCAGCUUCAGAUGUCUGCAGCCAGCACAUCUUUCUGCACAAUAACUUACAAUUAAAGGAAUUAAAAGAAACAAAAACAAAAAAAAACGACUUCACGGGCUCCAUGCUUUACACCACAUGUAAGAGAUUAACAUGUAAAAUAAAUCUUGCUUCUGUAUUUGUGUAAAUUGUCACUGAUUUAUUUCUUUUAUUAUUAUUUUGGUUCAUACAGUUAAUAAAGACGUGCAGCUCUUGAUCUAAAGCUUACUGUGACAUCAUCAGUCAUUUUGCUGUCUUUAAUGCUUUAAAUAUGGACACUUUCUUCACCACAGUGGGGAUUUCCUUACACAGCAAUAAACGU